UGAUUAUGAGUACCUCCGUGAACACUUCCGGGAGAAGCACUUCCUCUGCGAAGAAGGUCGGUGCAGCACUGAGCAGUUCACCCAUGCCUUUCGGACUGAAAUCGACUACAAAGCCCACAAGACAGCUUGUCACAGCAAAAACCGGGCUGAAGCCAGGCAGAAUCGGCAGAUUGACCUGCAGUUCAACUAUGCCCCGAGACACCAGCGGAGAAACGAGGGGGUUGUGAGUGGUGAAGACUACGAUGAAGUUGAUCGAUAUAACAGGCAGAUGAGAGGAAGCAGGUCAGGAUCCCGAGGUGGGCAGCAGAACAGGAGAGGCAGCUGGCGAUACAAGAGAGAAGAAGAAGACCGGGAUGUUGCCGCAGCUGUUCGGGCCUCAGUAGCUGCCAAAAGGCAAGAAGAGAAAAACAGGGUGGAGGAUAAAGGGGACAGCUGUCGCCCCAAGAAGGAAGAUGCCAAAGAUCCUGAGCCAACAGUCUCUAAGCGAGGGGUGAAGCCUUCAUCCGAAGAACCAGUUCCUAAGGAAGCGGUUCCCAAGGCUGCCUUAAGCCAAGAUGACUUUCCUGCCAUUGGCUCGCCAAACAUGAAUUCUGUGCCAAGCUCAUCUCAGUUGGCGCCAGUAAAGCUUGAUGAAGAGGACUUUCCCAGGCUUUCCUUCUCUUCUGCUCCGCCUGUGGUCUCUGCCUCUCUGCCCUUGUCAUACAUGGCUACAGCCCAAAAGACGGGAUUUCAGGAGGAAGACUUCCCUGCCUUGGUCUCUAAAGUACGACCGAGCAGUAAGACGGUGUCAACCCUCGCCUCAGCCUGGAGUGGUGGCUCCAGUAAGAACAUGGCCCGAGCAAUGACGGCCACAGCCAGCCAGCCGGCCAGAAAAGGGCCCCCUCCCGGCAGCAGCAAAGCCAGCAAAAAGAGCAAAGUGGCAAUCCCUGGUAACUUUCAGGACGGCAGCGGCAGCGUUUCCACCCAGGAGAUCCGUAGUGCGCCAACCAUGGUGGAUGUCUCCUCCUUGCUGGCAGCUUCCAACUCUCAGACUUUUGCCAAAGUGGGUAAGAAGAAGAAAGUUGGGACUGAGAAGCUGAGAACAGUCUUGCAGGAAGUGCCAGCUGCCCCCCACUCUCUCGAGAAGGUAGACGAUGCUGAGCAGUCCUCGCCCGUCACUGCCGGUCCUGACCUUCUCAGCACAUCUGCGACUCUGGUAAACGGUCACUCAGAAAAGCCCCCGCUGCCCUGCAGGGCUCCCAAAGAGCCUCCUGGCCUUAAGAAGCCCUCCGGAGGUGGCCAGUGCCUGUUGCCUCAGGAAGACUUUCCAGCCCUUGGGAACACCGGGCCACCUCGCAUGCCUCCACCCCCAGGUUUCAAUUCUGUGGUGCUACUUAAUAGCCCCCCACCCCCUCCUGGGCUGUCGGUGCCUCCUAGUAAACCACCCCCUGGCUUCACUCCUAUUCCAACCACCGGUACUUCAGAAAAUGCCCCAGCUUCAGUGAAAGA